AUGUCUAAGAGUCAAUCGGUCGUACUAGUUAGUGGAGAAGGUGAGAAAUUUACUGUUGAUCGUAAGAUUGCAGAACGUUCAUUAUUAUUGAAAAAUUAUUUAAAUGAUAUGCAUGACAAUGCAUUACAUGAUUCAGAUGAAGAUGAUUCGGAUGAGGAUUUAGAUAAAGAUGAAGAUGAAGAAAUUGUCAUGCCUGUGCCUAAUGUGAGGUCUUCUGUUCUUCAAAAAGUUAUAGAAUGGGCUGAACAUCACAAGGAUUCAGUAUUCCCUGAUGAGGAGGAUGAUGAUUCAAGAAAAUCCGCUCCUGUAGAUUCCUGGGAUCGCGAGUUCUUGAAAGUAGACCAAGAAAUGUUAUAUGAAAUCAUUCUCGCAGCAAAUUACUUAAAUAUUAAGCCUUUAUUGGAUGCUGGUUGCAAGAUUGUAGCUGAAAUGAUUAGAGGGAGGUCACCUGAAGAGAUCAGAAGAACUUUUAAUAUUGUCAAUGAUUUCACCCCAGAGGAAGAGGCUGCAAUUAGACGUGAGAAUGAAUGGGCCGAAGAUCGUUAA